GUCAACAGUAGUGCCAACAAGCAAUAACAAAAGAUUAUUUUCUCCGGGCUGGACUCGAUUCAACGUCUCAAAAAAACCAAAAGAAAACAAAACACAAAAACGAAACACCAGUUCCUCUCAUUCGGGCUCAUCCAAUAGGGCAGCGCCUUCUUGCCAGCAUUUGCGAACCUCGUCUCUCACAUAGCAAAUCUCUUUGACUCUCAACUAUUUCCGCCAACAACUGCCGAGUUGAUCAACCCGCGCGAUCUCGCUGUCGAUCCGGUCAGACGCGACCGACAUACGUCGUCAAUCCUCAUCCUAGACCAUCACACAAGAUGUAUUCACAACAUGCCGCCGCGGGCAUGGCCCCCCAAAAACCAGAGACCUUUAUGCUGAGCACCGAGGCCCAGCAAGCAUUGCCCCACGACGCUCAGGUUGCUCUGCAGCAGGUUGAUAAUCUGAAAUACUUCCUCAUUUCUGCACCCGUCGACUGGCAGCCCGACCAGUACAUUCGCAGAUUCCUCCUGCCUACAGGCGAAUACGUCUCGUGUGUGCUCUGGAACAACCUCUUCCACAUCUCCGGAACAGACAUUGUCAGGUGUCUCUCUUUCAGAUUCCAGGCCUUUGGCCGGCCGGUCAAAAAUUCCAAGAAGUUCGAGGAGGGCAUCUUCUCCGACCUGAGAAAUCUGAAGUCGGGAACUGAUGCUUCUCUUGAAGAGCCCAAGAGCCCCUUCCUCGACUUCCUUUACAAGAACAACUGCAUCCGGACACAAAAGAAGCAGAAGGUCUUCUACUGGUACAGCGUGCCCCACGACAGACUCUUUCUUGACGCCCUCGAGCGGGAUUUGAAGCGCGAGAAGAUGGGCCAGGAAGCCACCACCGUCGCCGUCAGCGAACCCGCUCUGUCGUUCCAGUACGACUCGUCUCAGUCGCUCUACGAGCAGCUCACCAAGGCCCAGCAGGCCAACUCGUCCUCCUUCAACGCCCAGCAGGUGACUUUCUCUCAGUCCCAGUCCACCUCUCCUAUCAUGCGCCCCAUGGACAACAUGCCGCCGCCGCAAAUGAUCCCUCAGUCCGUAGCCCCCAUGUCGGACGGCAUGGAAGCCAUGGUGCCGUACGGAGCGAUGGGCAUGCCCCAGCAGAUGCCCCCGCAGCAAAUGGUCAAGAGGGAGCCCGACUACGGUCGCGUCCAGUACAACCAGAACGGUGUCCCCAUCACCCAGGGCCACCAGAGACACGCCUCGAUGCCCGCCUACGGCCUUGAGUACUCCCCCGCUCCGUCGUUCGUCUCUUCUCAGUACGAGGACUACAGCAACCGGGGCAUUUCCUUCGAGCCCAUCACGCCGCCUCAGCAAGCUCUGGGCAUGGCCGCCGAGCCUGCCUACAUUGCUAACGAGGAGACCGGCCUGUACACUGCCAUCCCCGACCACAUGGGUGGCAACGUCAACGGUCUCAACGGCAUGAUUCAACUUCCGCCCUCGAACCUUGCUGGCCCUCAAUUCUCGAGAGCCUACGGCUCGAACAACGUCUAUUCUGUCAUUGAAGGAUCCCCGACAUACAAGCAGAGAAGACGGCGUUCGUCCAUCCCUCCAAUGUCGGCCAUUGCUGCUGCCACUGUCCACGCCGCUGCGCAACAGCAACAGCAACAGCAGCACCAGCAGCACCAGCAGCACCAGCACAGACAUUCGGAUCUCCGGCGGUCGGUCUCUGCAUCGGUCGGCCCUGUGGCUGAAGGCGACGAGUCUGCAGACAACUCCCCACCCGGUCUUGCCUACAGCAGCUCCGCCAUGUCCAUGGUAAGCCAGCAGCAUAAGGAGAUGCUCGACCUGUCCCGGCACGGCACCCCGCUGUCCACUGUCGAGGGCAGCCCCGCUCUCAACCCUAUGUCCCUCCAGCAGCAAGACUACUCCCACCUUCAGCACGAUGACAUGUCCGGUGACGGUUCUAUGGGCGGCGCUCCGCGUCCUGGCAUGCAGGGCCCUAACGGCGUCGUCCGCAGAGCCCGCUCCGCGACUGUCAUGGAACUUGGACCCUACCCCCAAAAGUCCCACUCCUGCCCUAUCCCCACGUGUGGCCGCCUCUUCAAGCGUCUCGAGCACCUCAAGCGACACGUGAGAACACAUACACAAGAAAGACCCUACAUCUGCCCUUAUUGUAGCAAGGCAUUCUCCAGAUCAGACAACCUAGCACAACACAAGCGUACUCAUGACCGUGGCGAGAACGGCGAGGCUGCUCUGAACUUCUCCGGCGAGGAGGAGGAAGAGUACUCUGGCGAAGACCAGCUCGGCUCCCUCGAGGAGGCCUCGCCUAACUCGGAGAACGCCUACGUCACCGCUUCGCUCAACGGCGUUGCCAACGGCUCAACACCGCCGACGUCCAACGGCAUGGCCCAGUCGUUCAACAGCUUGCAGACGCUCAGCAUGCCGAUGACAAUUAGUCAACCGGCAGUGAACGCGAGCGCCAUUAUGUGAGACGGCAUCCUAUGAGCUAAAGUUCUCAUUACGACUGGAGUUACGUUUCGUUCGACACGGUGUUACUUAGAGGGCGGCAUGGCUAUGACAAACGGUUCGGAAUGGGUCGGGGACUUUUUAUUCUUCUUUUUCUUAUCCAUCCAGCUAUGGAUUUUUCGGCACGCGUCAGCGACUGGGCUGCUGCUCCUUUGGCACAAAUUCUCCCUAUCCUUUUUCAUUUCCAGUUGGUGUUUUCAGCAUCGAGUCUGGCCAUUGGUCCCAGACGCAAAAAAGGAAAUUCGCACACAUAGAAAUGCGUAUGGAGAGACUGGGAAGAUCUCGAAGCGCAUUUGUACCCCGUCGAAAGGGGAGAUUCAUGCAUGAGCUUAGGGUCGAUAUGCGAAGAAGAGAAACGACUCGCACAUGUAUAUAUAUAUUUUGUUUCUUUUCCUUUGUGCUGGAGGGGCACACUUUGAGAAGAAACAAAGUUGUCAGGAAGCCCGGAUGAUACCAGGGAAGGAGAGAAUGUUCGGCAACUCUGAAGAGUGCUACACAGCAUGUCAGAACCACCAAGCAAAGUUGAAUGCUGAAACAUGUUGAUCAUAUCG